AUGCUUGAUUUAAUUCUCUCUCCCCGCCUCUCUCUCUCUCUCUCUCUCUCUCUCUCUCUCUCUCUCUCUCUCUCUUUGCAAUCUAUUCCUAUCUAUCUAUACGUUAAUUCACAUUUAAAAUCGAUCCAACUUAUUGAAACACCAUCUAUCUAUCUAUCUAUCUAUCUCAGUAAGUUCAUAUCUAUCUAUCUAUCUAUCUAUCUAUCUGUCUGUCUGUCUGUCUAUCUAUCUAUCUAUCUAUCUAUCUAUCUCAGUCUUCUCAUAUCUAUCUAUCAAAGUCUUUUAAUAUAUAUCUAUUUAUCUAUUUGUCUGUUGAUAUCUAUCUCUCUCUUUUUUAAUCAUUUCACCCCAAGCAAGGCCAGUUUUUGUAAACAAGCAAUAUCCGGUUUGGUCACAUUUUAUCUAUCUAUCUAUCUAUCUAUCUAUCUAUCUAUCUAUCUAUCUAUCUGUGUCUGUUCAUAUCUACCCAUCUAUGUAUGUUCAUUAUCUAUCUAUCUUUUUUUCUUUGUUAACUGGCGAUGUUCAUUGAUCAGAAACGUGAUAUUUGUCCACCUUUCAGUGAACAAUUACGAAUACGGUCGCGUCUUUUCAAUCAAUGCCAACGUGUCUUAUCCCUGCUCACUGUCCAACUGUUGUGACUUGGGGAGAGACUGA